ACUCUAAAGAUAUUGAGUAUUCCACUCGACGAUGUCCACGAAGUGGCCCCCUCGAGGGAGGAGCUAAUACUAAUACUAGUAUGGCCGGCGCGCCGCGGCAAUGAGUCCCUGGCUCAUGCGCCGGAACAAUCGACAGCGAGAUGACGCUGUGGGGCUCAAAGGGGAGGUUCCCCAUGCUGUGCCGCUCCACGCUAGGACGGAUGGAGGGGUCAAUGAGAGCGGCAGCAGCCAGUGCGGUGUCUCAAAGCCGUCAUUGACCCUGAAGACGGCCACUAGGCAUAUGCCUAUGCAUGGCUGCCGUCGUCGCAACAUGCCCUUUCCAGGCUUCUGCUGCAUGUCUCAUGUGUUCUUCAUCCUCGGUCGUCGCCGGGGGGGUUCCAGAACUUCCAGGUUCUCGUGGGGGGGAACCUGGUGCCAUGGGGUCCCGGCCUUCGGGGCGAUUCGGGUCGCAUUGUUCCUGAACUGGGCCGUGUCAAUGUCUCUCAAGAUGCGAAAUGUCAAUUCCAGUGUCCACGGCGGGUUUGCUCAAUGGGCCAAGGUCCUGAAUCGCGGGGGCUCAUCGGGGCUAAAACGCACAUCCCCCGCCUUGACUCGACUGGCGCGCUUCUACACUACAGCCGCUUUUAAAACUACAGGGGACAUCGCGGGGGGCACACGACGGACACGAGACCUUGACUGCUAGAAAACGAAACGAAGCCAAACCGGCGCGGGUCGUCGGCCAAACGCAAACGAUUGACGAUUGAACGGAUGAAAUGCAUCAUCAACGGUUUCCUCUCUGCGCCUUUACUCGCGAACCAUUUGCUCCCUUCACAUGCCAAUGCAACCCUACCCAAAAACUUUGACACCUUGUCAUGC